AUGAUGUAUGGACAGAUCCUUCACCCUCCCCCUCGUGAGGACUGCUUCAUCGUCGUCAACGUUGGAGGUUUCAAGCAAAAACUGGAUCACAACGUUCUCAACCGCUUCCCUCAGACCCGCCUGGCUCGUCUUUUGUGCUGCAACUCCAGAGAAGCCGUCCUGGAGCUUUGCGAUGACUUCAUCCCCGCAGAAAUGGAGUAUUAUUUUGACCGUAAUCCACUUUUUUUCGGUUACAUUCUGAACUUCUACCUGACAGGUAAAAUGCACCUGGUGGAUGGUUUGUGCGUGGUGUCCUUCUCCCAAGAGAUCGAAUAUUGGGGUAUCAAGGAGUGCCACCUGGACUUGUGCUGUAGCGGUUCAUACCAAGACCUCCUGGAUGAAGCCGAUGACGUGGGCGGGGAAACAUUCACAGAAGAUCUGUCUGCUGUGGACCAGGAAGUCGAUCUGUUUGACGGCACCUGCUGUGCAAAUGUGCGUCAGAAUGUUUGGAUCCACCUUGAGAAUCCGUCGUACUCAACUUCAGCCAAAGCCAUGGCCGUUGCAUCCAUGAGUGUGGUCCUGGUGUCCAUCGUGGCCAUGUGUGUCCAUAGCAUGCCAGACUUCCAGCAGGUGGACCACAACAACAAACAGCUUGAAGACCCAGUGCUGAAUUUCUUUGAAAACCUCUGCGUCCUCCUGUUUUCUGUAGAAUUUAUUCUUCGUCUAGUCGUCGCUCCAUCAGCCAGGAACUUUUUACGCAGCCCUCUCAAUGUCAUCGACUUGAUGUCAAUCAUGCCGUUCUACGUGACUUUGGCUUGCGAUGUUGGUCUGGUGGAUGAAGGUGAAAACUCAGAGGUGGAGAAGGUGGGCAAAGUGAUGCAGAUCCUAAAGUUGAUGCGAGUCUUCCGCAUCUUAAAGCUGGCUCGCCACUCGGCGGGCCUGCGCUCUCUGGGGGCCACGCUGCGACACAGCAGUCGGGAAGUCGGUCUCCUGGUGCUUUUCUUGUUUGUGGGAAUCUCCAUGUUCUCUGCACUCAUGUACUUUGUCGAGAAGGAGUCCCUGGAGUCAGAGCUGCAGACGAUCCCUAUUGGCUGGUGGUGGGCCACCAUUAGCAUGACCACCGUGGGCUACGGGGACACUUUUCCCGUUACUCUCGCUGGAAAGCUGGUAGGAACUGUGUGUAUUCUCUCCGGGCUGCUUAUGGUGGCUUUGCCCAUCACCAACAUCUUCAAUAAGUUCACCAACUUCUACCAGAAACACAAUAAAGUGGACCAGAUGAAAGCACAAACAUUAUCCAGUGAGUGA